AUGAGUCUCCCCUCUUCUCCGCAGAGGCUCAGUAGGGGGACCUCCUUUGGUCGCACCUCAGCCUCUCCCCCGCCUCUGGAUCAUCAUCGUCAUCAGCGCGGCUCCUCUUCUCCGGGCUAUCCAGGCACUCAUGCCUUUCCCUACGCCGCAUCCGAGUCUGUCGCAGACCUCACCCUGCUAGCAGACCUCAUCGACUCACGCUCUGGCUGGUGUGAGGGUCAACGUCAAAGUGAAGAGCAGAUUGAGGAGCAGUGCCAGGGCAAGCCUCGGGCCAUCCGCAACGCUCUCCGCUCCUACUAUGAGAAUCUCAACUACGUCCUCGAUGGCAUGCGGCAGGCAGACGUAGUCGUCGAGUCGCAGUUUCCAGCCGAAGUCAUGAGGCGAUUUGGUACCGUCGAAGAAGUACAGCAAGUCAAGGGCAAGCCGAACAAGCGCAGUAGGCGCAAUCCUGCCUACCCUACGCCCAGCAGUACUCCCCGGCGCUCCCACACGCAAUUCCUCCAUCUCCUCUCCACCAGUGCCGUCAGCUCGGGCGGCCGAGGAUAUUCGAACCUAUCUCACACCGACGGCUACUCCUCGGAAGAAGAAGAAGGAGCAGAGGGAGGGCCCUCCAGCGCCGAUGCGCCCACCGAUCGAAGGAGGAGACCACGCCGCCGCCCGCUCAAGAAGAGCAUCCAAGACCUCGAGAGUGGGACACGGAGACCUUCGAGCUCUGUUCUCAACCUUGCCAGCCUGUGGGGAUUCACGCGUCCAAACCCCACAGCUCCCGUCAACACCGACGAAGAGAGUGGCUUUGACUCUGACUCGGAACCUGAGCCAGAGGGGGCCGGCCCUGGUCAAAAGAAGGCAGGGGAGAGGAGCGGGCUGAUUGAUCGUGGUCGCAAGAGGGAAUACGGUACCAAUAAAGGCACUGCUAGGACUACUCCUUCCUCGGCAAUUGUUCGGGAACGGACCUCAGAUGCUGGCAAAGAAAUCACUUCUGUGGAAAAUCCAGAACCAGGGUCUGCCGAAGGCUCGCUAGAUCGAGCGCUCAGUGAGCAGAGGCAGCAGCGUAAAGUCAAGCAGGACGUCAGGAAGGAUGCCAUCAUGAAGGCAGGCCAUCACCCCGAAGCCAGCGGCAGCACAACCACUGCCGUUGCUUCGGAGGAUAAUGAAGAGCGGGACCGGCUGACAGCCUUGCCGCCGGGUGGAAAGCGGGAGAGGGACAGACUGGAGCUGCGUAGAGCUGUGCCAGGGUGGGAGGAGCAAGAGGAAGGCGAGGAGAAAUCGGUGCAAUUUGCCAUUAACAUCAAUUUGUUCAUCAAUGUCCUCCUGCUGGCAGGAAAGGCAGUCGCCGUCCUCUCCUCCUCCUCCGUCUCCCUCCUCGCCUCCCUCGUCGAUUCUGCACUGGACCUCCUCUCGACCCUGAUCAUCUUCUGCGCCUCAAAGCUCGUCGCCUUCAAAUCCUCCGAGUCUUACUUCAAGUACCCUCGUGGCAAGAAGAACUUUGAACCCCUAGGAGUCGUCAUCUUCUCCGUCUUGAUGAUUGCCAGUUUCGUCCAAGUCUUGGUGGAGAGUUGUGAGAGGUUAAGAGGGGUCUUGAUGGGAAGACCAACGGAAGGGGGGAGUCAGGCAUUACCUUGGAUUGGUAUCGUGUUCAUGCUGGCGACAAUUGUCGUCAAGGCCAUCAUGUGGUUCCUCUACAACAAGAGCAAGAGCGCUGGGGUGAGGGCGGUGGCACAAGACUCGCAAAAUGACGUCGUCUUCAACAUUUUUUCCCUCACCUUUCCCUUCCUCGGAGCGCAGCUAGGCUGGCCGGCACUGGAUCCCAUCGGAGGUAUCAUCCUUUCGCUCUACAUCAUCUCCGAAUGGCUCUCCACCCUAAUCGAAAUGACCACCAAGCUCUCCGGCGCCCGCGCCUCGCCCUCGGAGCUAGCCCGCGUCCUCUACCUCAUCACCCGCUUCAAAUCGGUCAAGUCCAUCUCUGCAUGCGAAAUGUAUUAUGCAGGAGAAGACUUCAUCGUCGAGGCAGACGUGGUGCUGCCAGUGGAAAUGGCACUGAAGCAGGCGCAUGACCUAGGGGAAAUUGUCAAUUAUUGCGUAGAGACGCUGCCCAGCGUGGAACGAGCUUAUGUGCACUUGGACUAUAAUACUCAGGGGAUCCCUGCUCACAUUAGUGCUCGAGGAUGAUGGAGCACAGGGGUCUAUGAGCAGCAGCCGCAGCGUCUAUUGGUGUCCAGGGCCAGCGUACAGGAAUCAUAUAGAGUACAUUGGUCCUUUAAUCGAGUCUCGCCGUCUGCUUUGUAUGAUGCUGCAGUACAUUCUCACUCAUCAGAUUGUCACCAUAGUGAACCGAGCGGCCAUCUUAUAGGCGCAGUCUCAUUUCUCAGUCUC